AUGCCAGAUUCAGAUAAAGUAGAGAAAAAAAAUAUUGACAGCAGGGUAAUAUCAGAUUGUGGUGACACAGAAGUGAUUCACGAGCCUGUUCAAACUGUUACAACUGGAAAAAAUGUGACUCUGUUCUGUCAGUUGGCCAAAAAUCAUGACAUUGUUCAGGUCACCUGGCAAAAAAACCAAACCAACAUAGCAACUUACAGCAAGGCUAAUGGAGCUAAACUGCUGAGUAACCAGAGCAAUAUCCAUCUUUCCCAGAGUGAUUUGACUUUUUCUGGCAUCACUUUCAAUGGGGUGACAUUCAAGGAUGAAGGCUGUUAUAGUUGCAUCUUCAAUACAUUUCCCUUAGGACCUAUUUCAGGCAAGAUAUGUCUCAAAGUCUAUGCUCUAACAGAACCUGAAAUAAAUGUAAGACAAGUUCCAAAUCCAGAAAAUAAGGAAGAAAUGAGAGAAAUAAACUGUUCAGUAACAGGAAGACCAACUCCAGUAAUUACCUGGAAGAUGAAGAAUCCUCUUCAGAUAAAGCCAAAAUCACAUAUGAUUCUGCACCCGAAUAAGACUGUAACUGUUAUCAGCACGUUUACUCAAGUCUUGUCCAAGACAGUCUCAGAAAAUUCAGUAAUCUGUGUUAUUCAUCAUCCAUCUUUAAACACUUCACAAGAGUUGACGUUACCUGAAAACAAGAUAACAAGGUGCAAACCAGCCCCAUACAAGCAUCAAAGAAUUGUUAUUGCAGCUAUCUGUUUACUGGUUUCCCUAUUUCUCCUGGGGUUAUUUAUCUUUUUCAUAUACCGGCGAAGAAGACAAAUACUAGUAGAAAAAGAGCAAAAUCUUCCAUGCUGGGUCGUUCCACUUUGUUCUAGAAGAACAUUAUGUAGAAAAAAUGGCUGCACAAAGAAAAAAUCCCCUGUGAAAUCACUCGCUGAAGGAAAGUUUCUGGACACAUGA